AUAGGAAGACUCAAUCUGAGACGCCGCCCUGUUGUUAGAUCUCCCAGUAUGUCAACUCACAUGAGGCUUGUGUUGCAUUUGCUAAUGCUCUUCAUAUUUGCUGUUCAGGAGGUCAGACUGGUGUGUGUGGAUGUUGCAUCAAACACAGAGGCCACCGUAGGCGGUGUUAUGAAUUUAACCUGCAUCUACUGCAUGAAACAGGAAGAGAUCUCUGCCGAGACCAAAGUGGACUGGUUCUACACCGGUUCUGCAUCAGAUUACCGAAGAAUGCUUAUCUAUCUGUAUGAUCGUGAACCGCAGGAGCCAGAGGACGCAGAAAUGUACUGGAAGGGCCGUCUGACAUGGAUCGGCAGCAAGGACCUGCAGGACAUCUCCAUUAGCAUCGUAAAUGUCAGCGCAAAUGACUUUGGCACAUACGAAUGUGAGGUGUCACGCUUCUUUGAGUUCGAUUCAUUCAAGCAUUCCACCACCAAGAAAAUCACAAUUGAACUGAAGGUAAAAAUGCAAGGUAAGUGAGCGAACACUCUGCUGGACGCUUACAGUACCUCGUCUAGCCAUAUUCGAUCUGAUUACUUGAUCUCUACAGUGUGAUUUGGAUGGUUGCACC